AUGGCUAGACUACGGAGCAAGAGCUCAAGCCAUUCACUCUCAUCAAGUCGAAGACUCGCAAACCACUUUAAGACUUCGCAUCUAGAACCUGCAUCCCCAGAGGACGAUCCUGAGCCACCAACACCCAACCCACGCGAGAAUCACAUCUUCAACUCACUUCUUGGUUUCAAGUGGAAUAAGUCGACUUCUACCGUCUCGGAGAUCUCUACCGGUAGCAAGGACGAUCUUCCACCACUCCCGCCGCUCGGUGCAUGCCAUUUUCCACCACAUCCAGCUGUCCGCCGAGCAACGUCACCUCGUCAUGUCCCGAUAAUCAUCCCCGACUUUGCACAUCCAUUCAAUCGGGAGACGAAGUCAUUGGAUGCAGGUGUUCCUGGACGUUCGCCAGUACCACACAUACCUGUGCUCCGUCGAGAGCCUCGACAAAUUCAGGAUCCAUCGCUCUUGACUGUGCCACCUCUUCGCUUGAAGUCCAAGAUCGAUGACAAGCCUACGCAGAGGAUGAAUAGUAGCCAGGUAAGCUUGGCGUCAGAAGCCAGCAAUGAACAGAGGUCGCAACAGGGCGACCCCGUGCCGUCAGGCAAUGUAGGAAUCUCAACAGCUACGAACCAGCAGAAUGUCGGGCCUACUCAUCUGUCGGGCCUGGUGUGCAGCGUGCAUCGGACGACAGGUCAGAAACCUCAUGCACUCGUAGGCGCGACCACUACGACUCUCGGUGACAAGUUAUACGUGUUUGGUGGCCGCCUACAUUCACGGUCGCGGCCACAGCUGACGUCGGACUUGUUCGAGUUGGAUCUGAUCAAGCGGCACUGGAAGAAGAUCGAUGCUCUUGGGGAUGUGCCGCCGCCGCGAUACUUUCACAGUGUAUGCGCACUUGGAGAUACGAAGCUCGUGUGCUAUGGCGGAAUGUCUCCUUCAGUCCGCAAUCCUGCUGCUUCACAGACUGAACCGCAGCCCGAAGUGACUGUCAUGUCCGAUAUACACAUCUACGAUGUCACGACCAGAACAUGGACACAGAUCGCAACAGCAGACCCUCCUCCGCAGGGACGAUACGCCCACUGUGCAGCCAUUUUGCCGUCAUCAGCCGUGUUCUCAUCGGCCACUGCUCCGCUCUCCGCUAUACAUCACAAUCCUCCGACGUCGGACAACUCCGGCACACUGGGCGUACAAGUGGAUGGCACUGGUGGUGCAGAGAUGAUUGUUGUGGGUGGGCAGGAUAGCAGUAACAACUACAUUGAGCAAAUCAAUGUCUUUAAUCUGCGGAAUCUGAAAUGGACGAGCGCUACAACCUGGGAUAGGAAAUGUGGUGCUUACAAGAGCAUGGUCGUACCAAUGACUGGGUUAUCAGCAGACUUGAUGGGCCAAAACAUUCCUCUCGAUGAACCUCAGUUCCAGCCAAAUGGUGAAGCAACAGGAACAUCUAUGCUGGUGUACUCGAAUUACAACUUCCUGGACGUGAAAUUGGAGCUCCAGAUCCGCAAGCCUGAUGGUACGAUGAUCGAGAAGACGAUGCAAGGACCGAACUCGCCGCCUGGCCUCCGCUUCCCGAAUGGCGGGAUACUGGACAACCACUUUGUCGUCAGCGGAACGUACCUCACUUCAUCCAAGCACGAGUAUGCACUUUGGGCUCUGGAUCUGAAAACCUUGACUUGGGGUCGUAUUGACACAAACGUGUCCAUCUUCGAGCAAGGCAGCUGGAAUCGUGGAGUGCUCUGGAAUCGGCGGAACACUUUCGUCAUCCUUGGUCAUCGUGAGCGAAGUCUUGUGGAUGACUAUAACCAUAGACGAAUCAACUUCAGCCAUGUCUGCAUGGUCGAGUUGGAAGCUUUCGGUUUGUACGAUAACCCGCGCAAGACGAUGCCCACAUCUGGCUACGUGUCAGUGUCGGCACCUACACUUCCUCAAUCUGUACAAAGCAACUCGAGUUCGUUCCAAGGCGGCGGCAGACCAUACACGACGGCAGCGGAGCAGCUUGGUCACGCCGCUUUGAUGCUUAAUGAGAUUUCCGACAUGGAGCUGGUGGCGAUUGGUGGCGAACGUCUUCCCUGCAAUUCACACAUUCUUGCCCGAAGAUGGGGGCCAUACUUCAAUCAACUCAUGUCAGAAGCCGCUGUGACACAAGACAAUGCGAGUGUUAUGAUAUCCGAUGGAUCGACCUUGCACUCGAACGCGCGCUCACUCGCAAGCCGAAACUCAUCCAUCACCAUAACACCAAGCGUCGCCAAUGGUAUCGGCCCAGCAGGAUCACUAGGCACUCACGACUCACUGCUGGAUCCACAACGCUCGAUCAGCCGGGCGACGGCGAGACCAGUGCCUGCCAUCGAGUUGCCAAACACGACCAACGUGCCUGCUUCGCAUCGUCCACGAAGUCUGUACCUACCACACAUGUUCCAGACUCUGCAACUGCUGCUGCAGUACCUCUAUACAUCUUCCUUGCCGCCCGUGGGUGCACCACUGUGUACACCGCAUACUUUGUGUUCACUUCUGCAAAUGGCGCGACCAUAUCAAAUUGAUGGACUUCUCGAAGCGACCGUGGAACGUCUUCACGAAGUGCUGGAUGGCCGCAACGCAGCCGCGGUCUUCAACGCUGCAGCUAUGGCGGCUGGCGGUGGUCGUGCCACCGGCUUCAAUGACGGACUGGCUGCAUACGGCAACCUCGGACGACGGGAAAGCGAGGCAACCACGGUUGGGGGCGCAGCAGGCAGUCUUGCGAAUCUGCGGAUUACCAACAGCAAUGGGACAACGAAGACUGGCGCUGAUGAUAAGUUGCAGCCGAACGGCAUCACGGGCAGAGUCAAUGGGCACAAGAAGUCCGACUCCUUGGAGUCAGCGUCGACAGGGACGUCGGCGUCAGCGUCCACGACAGACCUGUCGCAGACGGACACAGAAAGCACGCAGGGUGAUGGCGAGGACGGAGUGGGCGACAAGAGGAGGGAGGGCACUAGGCAGCCGUGGACGGGAGAUGUGAGCUCUGUUAUCGGGCUGCAGAAGAGAGGCUUGAGAGGUCUGAUGGAGGGAAGGAGGAUGCGAGAGCGGGCAAACACAUUUGAUAGCGGGAGGGAGGAGCGAGGGGAGAAGGGCGGCUAG